AUGUGGUUUAAGGAGCAAAGAAGCAAGGAAGCAAAAAUUCACAUCGCAUCAUCAUCAGUAAAAAUAAGGAGAGCAAUAACUAAUCCUCAACCCCGGAAAAAGACUCCUGAACAGAUUCUUCAUGAAAGAUAUAAUGCCCAUGUGAAGUCUUAUUAUUACUAUGAAUUCGUUAAAAGACUCAGUGACGAAAAUACGGAUUUAUUUCCUCGUGAUGCUCUAACCGAGAAUCCAAGUCUAUUCUCAGCUCUUCUCUUGAAAGAGGCUGGAAUCAAAGAUAUCACCAUUCUUGAAUACCAAGAUCGUGUUGGUGGACGUGUUUAUACCCACUACUUUACCGAUGAUCCUGAUGAUGAAAGACGAUUGUAUGGGGAACUUGGUGCAAUGAGAUUACCAUAUAUUGAAGGUCGCCCAGAUCUUUCCAUCGAUCAGAUAGUUUUUGAUACGAUUGAAUACCUGAACGAGUACAAUAAGGAAGAUGACCCGGAUAAAGAGAUCAAAACCAUUCCUUUUAUCAUUAGUAAUCCAAAUGCUAUAAAUUAUAUCAACAACAAAAAAGAUCCAUCUGGUAAAAUCAUGACCAAAAAUUACUACUAUAGUGUAGAUGCCAAUCAACUAGGAUUUCCAGAUACAAUCCCACCCGAUGUUAUUAGUAUUUGGAGUGAAGCGUUACGGCCUUUCUUUGAUGCGUUAAAAGUCGAUUUAACAAAUGGAAUUAAAUUAUUAAAGCAGUAUGACCAAUAUUCCAUCUAUUCUUGUCUAAAGGAAGUUUUCCUUCCUGAAAGGUUGCCAACAAGAUCGGAGGAUUAUGAUGAAAUUAUCAGUGCUAUUGAAUUGCAAGUAACAGGAGGCACAGGCGUAUUUCAUUUGAGUUUCGCUGAAUUUGUCAUCGAAUCAUUUUCUUUGAAGGGAAAGAAAGAAGAAGUUGAAGCCUUUGAUAGAGUGGUUCUCACCCCUACAUUGGGUGUCAUCCGUCAUUGGGAUCUACCAACAAUUUCGUAUAACAAACGACGUGCAAUUCGCGAAUUGAAUUAUAUUCCUUCAGUAAAGAUAUUUCUUCAAUUCAAGUCACGCUUCUGGGAAAAAGACGGACAGCCCACGACGUCCGGUCUUGGAAUUGUCGGAGGUACCACGACUACAGAUCUUCCGAUUCGUACAGUGAUAUCUCCUUCAUAUUACGUAGGUUUGCCUAAAAAUGGAUCCGGAGUCCUAUUGGCAUCCUAUAAUUUUGAGAAUGAUGCAUUAAGAUACGGUCCAUACAGCGGGGAGGAACUGUUUGAACUUGCAUUAAAGAACAUAGUAACCCUUCACGGAGAAAUAGCACACUUUGCAGCGUUUACACCCGGUCAACUAGGAAAAUUGAUGUCAUCUAUAAUUAGACCGGAAGAUUGUAUCCAUUGGGCUGGGGAGCAUGCCGACAUACGUCAUGGUUUGAUUUCUGGAGCCUUAAAUUCCGCAGUUAGAGUUAUUAAGGAGAUAUUGGUAGAAAAUUUAAUCAAGGACCGAUGGACGGAACUAAAAAAUUCACGAUUAUUAAAAUAUUGGAAUGGAAACCUUGAAGCUUUUGAAGGUAAUUAA